GUUGAUCCAGGUUGAAUGAAUCAAUUCAGUCUCCUCUGUCUUUUUAUUUCCUUCCUAGUCUCGUGGAUCUCUCACACUUCAGCCCAGCAUGACUUCCAAAGCAACCCUUCUAAGGAAAGGCACGGUCCUUUACCACGACGAUGACGACAAAGUGACCCCUCUCAAGAACACUGAUAUCCUCAUCGAAGGAGACUCAAUCACCAAGAUCGGUGUGAACCUCGAAGCCCCCUCCGGUGCAGAAAUCGUCGAUUGCACCGACAAGAUCAUCAGCCCGGGAUUCAUCGACACCCAUCACCACCUGUGGCAGACCCAGCUCAAGGGCUGUCAUAGUGAGGAUUCUCUCUUGGACUAUUUCCCCCAUGGCUUGCUGCCAUCCCACUUCUAUGACCCCGAGGAUACCUACUGGGGUCAAUUGACAGGAGCUUUAGAGGCCAUUAACUCCGGAACAACCUUUGUCUUGGACCAUGCUCAUGGCUGCAAGACCAAAGAACAUGUCCGCCAAGCACUCUCUGCUUGUUCUGCCUCCGGAAUCCGAGCGGUCUUUGCAUACGCAACCGCGCUACGCCUAGAAAAAUGGGACACCGAAUGCUGUGUGCCGUCCCAGGAGAGCCAACUAGAGGAAAGCAUCCAGGACGCAAUCGAGCUUGCAGCAGGACACCCACUCGGCGAGGGCCGGAUCCAAAUCGGCUACGGGUUCGACGCAUACUACCUGCCCAAGGAGGUGGUCAUUAGCGUUUUCACCCGUCUCCGCGCCGCAGGCGUAAAGCUGAUAACGAGCCAUGUAGUGAAAUCUGCUCUAUUCGGUUCAAACUCAAUCAUAACAACCCUUUCCAAUUACGGCCUACUAACACCCGACCUCGUCCUCUCGCACUGCAUCACCAUAAGCGAACCCGAAAAACAACUGCUAAGAAACACCCAGGUGCCCGUCUCCGCCACCCCGGAAACCGAAUCCCGAAUGGCAAUGGGGUGGCCGUUAUCCUUCGCCGCAGGGAUAAACUACACGUUUGGCGUCGAUUGCCACAGCAGCAACAGCGCGUCGCUGAUCCAAAUGUGCCGGCUGGGGAUUUCAAUGGCCCGCCAGGAGCGCUUCCUCCCGCUGAUCAGCGACGGGAAAUUUCCGAGCCGCGUGCCGCCGUCCGGGGCUGUUGCGGAGGGGUUUCGCGCGAUGACGAUCGGCGGGGCGCGGGCUGUGGGGUUGGGCGAGCAGAUUGGGUCGCUGCGGGAAGGGAAACGGGCUGAUCUGGUGGUGUUUGAUGCGGCCAGCGUGAAUAUGGCGGGGGUGGCGGAGUUUGAUCCGGUGGUUGCUGUCGUGAAUCAUAGUGAAGGGGCGGAUAUCCUUUCCGUGAUGAUUGAUGGGAAGUGGAGGAAGAGGGAUGGGAAGUUGGUUCCCGUUCCCGUUCCGGGUCCGGUUCAGGUUCCUGGGCAGGUCGAGGGCCAGAGCCAGACGUGGGAACAAGUGAGGGAAGAAUUUUUGGAGAGCCAGAGGAAAAUCCGCAGGCUGGAGCAAGGUGUGAGUAUGGAAAGGGCUCGGGAGAUGGUGAUGCAGAUUUUCCACGCAGAUCAGUCUGUUCUUGUUGAUGUGGUUUAAGCUGUACUCUGUAGGGGAAGUUUACCGAUCUAGGAGGAAAGACAAAUUGGGACAUACAGAAGCAUGAGAAGAAAUAGUAUGUAAUAGAUUGAUAACAGAUUGAUUGUAGUUUUGUAUGUAUGAACAGG